CCUUUUUGAUUUUGCGUUUUCUUCCUUUAAUUUUCAUUUCUGUCACAGAGUUGAAGGGAUCGGGAUCGCUAAAUGGUCUUUUUCAGCUCCUCCUCAUUCGAUCAAUUGGCCGCAAAUCCUAUACAAUUCACCCCAUUUCGAUGUUUUUAGGGUUUAUUCUUUGAAUGUCACUUCAAUUUUCGAAAUCCGAAAUCCGAAAUCCCUCUUUCUUUGUGCAAACUGACGAUUAAGCUACUUCUCUUUUGAAUUCUUAGGUUUCUUGAAGGUUCUUCGGUGAAGAGAUGAUCAGUCUGUGAUUUUUGGGUAUUUUCACGGGCUGGCUAUUAAACACAAUGCGUCUGUUUCCUCUGAGAUCUAGCCCGGACUAUACCGAGGACAAGGAGCAGGGCGGCAGUCAUGCUUUGUUGUAUCUUAACGUCUACGAUCUUACUCCCAUAAAUAACUAUCUCUAUUGGUUGGGGCUCGGAAUCUUUCAUUCGGGUAUUGAGGUUCACGGUAUGGAGUUUGGCUUUGGAGCACAUGAAUAUCCUACCAGUGGCGUAUUCGAGGUAGAGCCGAAAAGUUGCCCUGGAUUCAUCUUCCGAAGGUCAGUGUUAUUGGGAAGCACUGAUUUGUCUCGUGCUGAAUUUCGAUCAUUCAUGGAGCACCUUUCUUCAGAGUACCAUGGUGAUACAUAUCAUUUGAUUGCCAAAAAUUGCAACCAUUUUACAGAAGAAGUCAGCAUGCGACUGACUGGGAAGCCCAUUCCUGGAUGGGUGAAUCGGCUUGCCCGAUUAGGUUCAUUCUGCAAUUGUCUUCUUCCAGAAAGCAUUCAGAUUUCAGCAGUGAGACAUCUUCCUGAUCAUCCAGCAUAUUCUGAUGACGAUGAUGGGUCAGAAUCGCUUGCAUCUUCUAUAUCACCAAGGAGCGAAGAUGAGGAAUCGGAUCAUCUACUGAUGGCUCCUAAUGGCGAGGUAGCAUUCCUAAAAGAGAAACCAGUGAAGGUGGCUAGAGAACCUGCUUAAUUCAUUUACCCUUUGGUUCCAACUUCCUUGGCUUCAUAUUUAUUGUUUGUAUUUGUGAUAUAUAGUAUUGUGUGUAUGAUUUGAUCAGGCCAAAUUACUUGAGAUCCUGACGUUUUAAGCGAUAUGAUGAUAGUAGCUUAGAGCUUAUAUGAUGUUCUGUAUCAUUUGGAAAAUGUUAAGGUGAAGGAACAUGGCACCCAUGUUGUUGAAACUGUAUUCAUCUAUGUAAAAUAUCUACACAACACAUGUACUUCGCUCUUAUUACACCAA